AUGUCCUCACAGGCAGAUAAUAUGGGAUUCUGGGUUAUAGAAGGAAUUAUUUGUUGGACACCGAAACAGUUUAAAUCAAGUCGUAAUGAGCGAGGUGAGCAUUUCGAACAAAAUAUCGAGGAUUAUAUGGACGAAGAGGACGUUGGUGAAUAUGGAAUAGCAGCACGGCGUAUGCGUACAACGUUGGAUGAUAAUUUCUUGAAAAAAGGUGAUAAUCAGAAAUUAGCAUGGGAGCGAUCCGGACAGUCCAGUCUGGAUGUGUUUAUUUUUAGUGAAUCGGUGGGAAUUCGUUUAUUGAAGAAAAUGGGAUGGCGUGAAGGUCAAGGCAUCGGUCCGAAAAUGUCACGUAGAACAAUGGAGAAACAUAAACGUGGGUCACCUAUAAAAAUGAACUUCGAUCGCGUGGACGCCGAAGAAAUGGCACCUGGUUUCGAGUUUGCUCCGGAGGAUGUUUUGGCACAUUACCUUCAUUCUCGGAGCGGCACGCGUGGGUUGGGCUAUGAAGGCCUACGGAAGACUGAAGUGCUAUCCGAGCAAUACGGCAUAAAAGAGGCAACAUUGAAAACGAAACGUAAAAGUAAAGGAAUUCGUGGUCAGGUAAAGUGUGUUCUGAUUUUCGAAUUUAUCCUAUCUACUAGCAAAUGUCGACUGUUGUCGGAAAAAUGCACACAAUGGUGUAAAUUUUUAAAUUUGAAGGCUUUCGGUGUUGGAGCGUUUGAGGACGAAGAUGAAAGUAUCUAUACGAGUUUU